AUGGCCAUACGAGGUCAAAUCAAAGACAAAGUUAAAGAAAGGGAGAAGAAGCAAAAAGAAAAGAAGAAGCACAAACUAAUGAAUGAAAUCAAGAAAGAAAAUGGAGAGAUCAAAUUACUGCAGAAAGGUGGGAAGGAGAAACCAAAAGCCAAUGCAGAAGAGCUACAGAUUAAAAAAGUUAAGAAGAAAAAGAAAAAGAAACAUAAAGAGAAUGAGAAGAGGAAGCGUCCAAAAAUGUACAGCAAAUCUAUUCAGACCAUCUGCUCAGGACUGGUUUCUGACAUUGAGGAUCAGGAAGCCAAAGGCAUCAUAGAUGAUCAUCUUAAGGAUUUCAAUGGGAAAAAUAUGGAUCCCAAGAAGGACUGUGAGUCCAAGAUACCAGAGAACAGUGAGUUUCCAUUUGUCUCGUUAAAGGAGCCACGGGUUCAAAAUAAACUCAAAAGGUUGGACACAUUGGAGUUCAAACAGCUGAUUCAUAUUGAGCACCAGCCUAACGGAGGUGCAUCAGUUAUCCAUGCCUACAGUAAUGAACUCUCCCACUUGUCUCCUGUGGAGAUGGAGAGAUUUGCAGAAGAGUUUGUGGGUCUGGUUUUUAGUGAAAAUGAAAACUGUGCAGCUUACUAUGUAAUGGGUAUUGUUCAUGGGGCAGCUACUUAUUUACCUGACUUUUUAGACUACUUUUCGUUUAAUUUUCCCAAUUCACCAGUGAAAAUGGAGAUUUUGGGAAAGAAAGAUAUAGAGACAACGACUAUGUCAAAUUUUCAUGCUCAGGUAAAAAGAACAUACUCUCAUGGUACGUAUAGAGCUGGCCCAAUGAGACAGAUCAGCCUGGUUGGAGCAGUUGAUGAGGAAGUGGGGGAUUACUUCCCUGAAUUCCUUGAUAUGUUGGAAGAAUCACCCUUCUUAAAAUGUACACUGCCAUGGGGAACCCUUUCUAGUUUAAAAUUAGAGAGCCGUAAGGACAGUGAUGAUGGUCCCAUAAUGUGGGUACGGCCAGGAGAGCAGAUGAUCCCUGUGGCUGACAUGCCAAAGUCACCUUUCAAAAGGAAGAGAACUACCAAUGAAAUCAAAAACUUGCAGUACCUACCUCGAACCAGUGAACCCCGUGAGAUGCUCUUUGAGGACCGGACGCGAGCCCAUGCGGAUCACAUAGGACAAGGCUUUGAGCGACAGACCACGGCUGCUGUGGGGGUGUUGAAGGCUGUGCACUGUGGGGAGUGGUGUGAGCAGCCUCGUAUAACCAAAGAUGUAAUUUGUUUUCAUGCUGAGGACUUCUUGGAGGUAGUUCAGCGAAUGCAGUUAGAUUUGCAUGAGCCUCCACUCUCACAGUGUGUCCAGUGGGUGGAUGAUGCAAAGCUUAAUCAGCUGCGAAGGGAAGGCAUUCGCUAUGCCAGAAUCCAGUUAUUCGAUAAUGACAUUUAUUUCAUCCCGAGGAAUGUCGUGCACCAGUUCAAAACAGUUUCAGCUGUGUGUAGUUUGGCUUGGCACAUCCGGCUCAAGCUCUAUCAUUCAGAGGAAGAACUCUCUCAAAACACAAAUCCUGUUGAAGCAGGGACCUCUGCAGACCCCAAGUCUUCGGUUGUUGGACUUCAGACUGACAGAGUGUGUACGGUGAGCAAAGAUACCUCCGAAGACACCAAAUUUCCAGAUGCUCUGCAGACCAAGUACCUGCAGCAGGAGUUUGUGCCCAUAAAACAUGAACCUCUUGCAUCCCUCAGAGUAAAAGAAGAGCCCAUGAAUGUUGAUGUUGCUGAAAAGACAGUGAUGCCUAAUGACGUCGGGGGACAGAAUGUUCAGCCUAGGCUGGGUCACGCUGAGUUGACAUCACUAAAGUUGGAAAUGGAUUCUAAAUUUGAAACCGGCAACAAGGACUUACAAGGCAAGUUGUGCUCUGGAGGUCACGUACAUCCAGAUGAUACAAGACAGCCUAGCUCAUCAUAUCCAAAAUUGCAUGGACAAAGAGAGGAUGAUUUUUUGUGCUAAAUUUGUAUAUAUGGUUUUAAAUUCCUUUUUAAACUUAAUGAUGUAAUAAUGUAAAGAUCAUAAAUUGUGAGGCAAGUUUGUGACUUGUCUUCGCAUCUGUUACAGAAAAUAGUUAUGUAGCUUUGUAACAUUCCUCAGUGCCUGUCCAUAACUGUGAAGUAUCAAAGCACUUAGGGCCAGAUGCACUGUAAACACUGCAGGUUUAACAUAAAGAAGUCUUUAAAUAAUUUUGAGUUGUAGGUUUUAGAGUAGAGCUGACAUUUAACAUAUAUAUUUUUUGUAAGAUGAGCCAGAAUUCUUUUUGACAAUUCCAGGCUUUUCCAUAGAGCUUAUUUAUACCAAUUUUUUCAUUUUAAAUGUGUCAGCACUGUAGUGUAAAUAUCUUUUUUAAGAAUCUUUUUAGUGUGAUUUAUACUGAAAUGUGAGCCGCUUAAUAAAGGUUCAUAAUAACAGA